GGCACUUUCACCGGAAAGGAGGAGCAAUUUAUAUUGUCGCCUCGGAGCUGCUGUAAUGGCGGCGUCUCGACGCUCUUCGCAGCAGCAACAACAAACGACGUUACAAUCUCCACCGAGAAACAGGUCUCUCUCGGGGGCUUGCCCGGCCUCGCAGCCUAUGGCUCUGCUGUCCCCGUCCGUCGGUUCCUCGGAGAGCGAAAGGGAAUGUAGCGGAGAGAUGGAUAUGGCUCCGGCCUCCCCGGACCUACCAGUCCCAGUCCUGGCGAGCAGUGCAAGCUCUACCUCGACAACAUCAGGCGGAGGCAGCAGCAGCGUAUCAAGCCCCGGCUCCGGAGCGACGAGUCCCGCCGACGGCAGCAGUGGAGUCGUGGGGGCGUUCAGGGAGCUGUUCGAGGCCUGUCGAAACGGAGAUGUGUCCCGCGUUAAGAGACUGGUGGAUUCGGUGAAUGUAAACGCAAAGGACAUGGCUGGUCGAAAAUCAACACCGCUUCAUUUCGCUGCGGGUUUUGGUAGAAAAGAUGUGGUGGAGCAUCUCCUACAGACAGGGGCCAAUGUCCACGCCCGGGAUGACGGUGGUCUCAUCCCUCUACACAAUGCCUGCUCCUUCGGACACGCAGAGGUCGUCAGCCUCCUCUUGUGUCAAGGUGCAGAGCCCAAUGCCAGAGAUAACUGGAACUACACCCCACUGCAUGAGGCGGCCAUCAAGGGGAAGAUAGACGUGUGCAUCGUUUUGCUCCAACAUGGUGCUGAUCCAAACAUCCGCAACACCGAUGGAAAAUCAGCCCUUGAUCUUGCUGACCCUUCGGCUAAGGCCGUUCUUACAGGUGAAUACAAGAAGGAUGAACUCCUGGAAGCAGCAAGAAGUGGGAAUGAAGAAAAGCUGAUGGCACUGCUGACUCCAUUAAAUGUCAACUGUCAUGCCAGUGAUGGUCGCAAGUCAACCUCACAAAAAAUGCUGUCCACGCCCCUCCACCUGGCUGCAGGUUACAACCGGGUCCGCAUCGUUCAGCUCCUCCUUCAGCACGGUGCUGAUGUUCACGCUAAGGACAAAGGCGGCCUCGUUCCUCUUCACAAUGCCUGCUCUUACGGUCACUAUGAAGUCACAGAACUUCUCCUUAAACACGGAGCCUGUGUGAACGCUAUGGACUUGUGGCAGUUCAACCCUGUGCAUGAGGCAGCCUCUAAAAACAGAGUGGAGGUGUGUUCCCUGCUGCUGAGCCACGGAGCUGAUCCCACCCUGCUAAACUGUCACAGCAAGAGCGCCGUGGAUAUGGCCCCGACCCCGGAGCUCAAAGAAAGGCUGACCUAUGAGUUCAAAGGUCACUCGCUACUGCAGGCAGCCCGUGAAGCCGACAUGGCCAAAGUGAAGAAGACUCUGGCUUUGGAGAUCAUCGGCUUCAAACAUCCUCAAACCAACGAGACGGCUCUGCACUGUGCGGUGGCGUCCCCUCAUCCGAAGAGAAAACAGGUGACAGAGUUGUUGCUUCGUAAAGGUGCCAACAUCAACGAGAAGAACAAAGACUUUAUGACUCCACUGCAUGUUGCUGCUGAGAGAGCUCACAAUGACAUCCUGGAGAUUCUGCAGAAACAUGGAGCCAAGGUGAAUGCAGUGGACACUCUGGGACAGACUGCUCUUCACAGGGCGGCGUUGGCCGGUCACAUCCAGACCUGCAAGCUGCUGCUUAGCUGCGGAGCCGACCCCUCCAUUGUGUCUUUGCAAGGCUUCACUGCAGCUCAGAUGGGAAAUGAGGCUGUGCAGCAAAUUCUUAACGAAAAUGUUCCCACUCGGAAUUCUGACGUGGACUACAGGUUUCUGGAAGCUGCCAAAGCAGGAGACCUGGAAACAGUGCAGCAACUUUGCUCCCCUCAGAAUGUAAACUGCCGGGAUUUGGAGGGUCGCCACUCCACCCCUCUUCACUUUGCAGCAGGUUACAAUCGAGUGGCCGUUGUGGAGUACUUACUUCACCAUGGAGCUGAUGUCCAUGCCAAAGACAAAGGUGGUCUGGUUCCCCUCCAUAACGCCUGCUCCUAUGGUCACUAUGAAGUGGCUGAGUUGCUGGUCAGACAUGGAGCCUCGGUUAAUGUGGCAGAUCUUUGGAAGUUCACUCCACUUCAUGAGGCUGCAGCCAAAGGAAAAUAUGAGAUCUGCAAACUUCUUCUCAAACACGGUGCAGACCCCACCAAGAAGAACCGUGACGGCAACACUCCCCUGGACAUGGUGAAAGACGGGGACACAGACAUCCAGGACCUGCUGCGGGGGGACGCUGCCCUGCUGGAUGCUGCCAAGAAGGGCUGCCUCGCCAGGGUGCAGAAACUUUGCUCUCCGGAGAAUAUCAACUGUAGAGACGCACAGGGGCGCAACUCUACACCACUCCACCUAGCAGCUGGUUAUAACAACCUUGAGGUGGCAGAGUAUCUCCUGGAGCAUGGGGCUGAUGUCAACGCCCAGGACAAAGGAGGCUUAAUCCCUCUUCAUAAUGCUGCUUCAUACGGGCAGCAUGUGGACAUUGCAGCCCUGCUGAUCAAAUACAACACAUGUGUAAACGCUACAGACAAAUGGGCUUUCACCCCUCUCCAUGAGGCGGCCCAGAAAGGCCGCACACAGCUCUGUGCUCUUCUGUUGGCUCAUGGAGCUGACCCCACCAUGAAAAACCAAGAGGGCCAGACUGCUCUGGACCUGGCCACGGCUGAUGAUAUCAGAGCUCUCUUGAUGGACGCCAUGCCACCCGAUGCUUUGCCCAGCUGCUUCAAACCCCAGGCUACAGUGGUCAGCGCUUCGGUCAUCUCCCCUGCUUCCACACCAUCCUGUCUGUCAGCAGCCAGCAGCAUAGACAACCUAGAUGGGCCCCUGACUGAGAUAGCUGCUGCUGCCGCCGCUGGAUCAUCUGGGGUUGCAGAUGGAGCGUCAGGGACUGACCGCAAGGAAGGAGAAUUGGCUGUGUUGGACAUGAACAUAAGUCAGUUCCUAAAGAGCCUUGGGUUGGAGCACCUGAGGGACAUCUUUGAGAGGGAGCAGAUCACACUGGAUGUGUUGGUCGACAUGGGCCACGAGGAACUGAAGGAGAUUGGCAUUAAUGCUUAUGGCCAUCGACACAAGCUUAUCAAGGGUGUUGAGAGGCUGCUGGGGGGACAACAAGGUGCCAACCCCUAUCUGACAUUCCACUGUGCCAACCAGGGCACCAUCCUGAUAGACCUCUCUCCUGAUGACAAAGAGUGCCAGUCUGUAGAAGAAGAGAUGCAGAGCACCAUCAGGGAGCACAGGGACGGAGGCAAUGCUGGUGGUGUCUUCAGCAGAUACAACAUAAUCAAGAUACAGAAGGUGGUAAAUAAGAAGCUGAGGGAACGUUACACCCACCGGCAGAAGGAGAUUGCAGACGAGAACCACAACCAUCACAAUGAGCGCAUGUUGUUUCACGGUUCUCCAUUCAUCAACGCCAUCAUCCACAAAGGCUUUGAUGAGCGUCAUGCUUACAUAGGAGGGAUGUUUGGAGCAGGAAUCUACUUUGCAGAGAACUCCUCCAAGAGCAAUCAGUAUGUCUAUGGAAUUGGCGGUGGCACAGGAUGCCCAACGCACAAAGACAGAUCCUGCUACCUGUGCCACAGACAAAUGCUGUUUUGCCGAGUGACUUUGGGGAAGUCCUUCCUGCAGUUCAGUGCCAUGAAGAUGGCCCACGCCCCUCCAGGACAUCACUCAGUGAUUGGACGACCUAGCGUUAACGGCUUAGCAUAUGCUGAGUACGUCAUCUACAGAGGAGAGCAGGCCUACCCAGAGUACCUCAUCACCUACCAGAUCCUUAAACCAGAGAGUACAGCCCAGUCUGCUGCUGGAGCAGAGCAGAAGUCAUAGUUACAGAACAGUGCACACCCUUAGAUGAGGACUUGAUGCUUUUCUUCUUUGUAUUGCAAUUAUAUGAAGACCGUUCAUCACCAAACCCAUCUCCAGACUCCUACCCUGUAGAAACCAUGGUGACCAGUGCUUCAUAAGGAUAUGCUGUAUAAUACUUUACUAUUCUUGGUGAUGAUGUUACGUUUUUGCAUCAGCUGCAUGUUUUAACAGAAGCAUGUAGGGCCGAGUAGCGUGCCUGGGUCUGUAGUUUCAGUAUCACUCCCCUCCAUCCCUCCCACUGUUGUCAGGAGGAUGCUUGUUAACACUUUGAAGUAUAAGCAUUAACAGUUUGUCACUCUGUCGCCUUGUGACUGUGAAACCUCAGACUCCCUCAUCUUCGCCUGCCUUUCGGCCCCCACAGUGUCUCACCAUGUGAACCUGAGACAGCUGGACUACUGCUCCACCACUGGACGGGUUUACCCUCUAUUGGCUGGCUUGUGGUGGACUGUUUGUGAACUCCAAACCAUAACACUACUGGAAAAGUAACAAUGCAACAUUACUUUGCUGUAUUGCUGACUUCCCAAACUCCAACCCAAGACCCCUAAAUGGUAAACGAACAUGUUUUUUUAGUGGUUUUAUUCAGACCAGCACAUGCUUAAUGGGGAAAGGGCUCUGUCAAAUCACAGAAUUUAAGACUAUUGCCAGUACAAUGCAGAUGUGCAUGAGUGAGGAUGUGUGCUUAACAGUGCAAAGGAAGACAUAAUCAAGCAUGAUGAAACCGUAAAAGCAUUUUUACGUUACUGUGCUCCAUACUUUAGAGUUGUAGAUGUUGUAAUGUGCUUGUGAUGCCUUACAAGUGAACACCUUACAUCUAGUGAGCUCAUCAAGGCAUUCUUUGUUACCAUGGUCUUACUCAGACAUUCACGCAAAGGGAUUUGCACUUUUACCUGGAAAUCUAUUUAAAUUAUUUUGAAUUAAAGUUGCAAAUUACCAAGGGGGCAAUAUUUGUACAGGUUGUGUAAAUCGUUGUGUAUUACUGUUGCUGUUUAACAGUUUCUUUGAGUUAAAAUGUAAAAAUGACAUCUGAAUUUUCCUCUCAUGCCUUCUUGUUUCUCCCUUUUUUUUAAAAAUAAAUGUCCUAUUAAUGA